GUGACGCGACGGAGGCCGGGGGCGGCGGGCCGCGAGGUGACGCGCGUGGGGACCGCGCUGGCCCAGCCCACGUGUCCGCGAGAUUUAAAAGUUGGCGGCGCGCGGGGAGGUCAGCUUGGCGGCGGAGCCCCGCGAGCAGCGCGCCCGGGACGCAGAGGCACUGCCAGGGCCCCGCGUGGAGUGCUGACCCGCGCAGCUCAGGCUUCGAGCUCCGAGCCGCCAAGCGCCGAGAUGCCGCGAGCAGCGAACCGCCGCCCCGGGCCGCCCGCGGGACAGGUGGCCGCCGCGUCCGGGCCCCUGCUGCUGCUGCUGCUCGCCUGUUGCGCGGGCACCUGCCUUGGUGCUCCAAUAUUAUCUCAAGGACUACGGCCUGAACAAGAACUACAGCUGUGGAAUGAGAUAGAUGAUGCCUGUUCGUCUUUCCUGUCCCUUGAUUCUCAGCCUCAGGCAUCCAAUGCACUGGAGGAGCUUUGCAUCACAAUUAGGAGGACUCUACCAAAGCCCCAGGAAACAGAUGAAAAAGAUAAUACCAAAAGGUUCUUAUUUCAUUAUUCGAAGACACGGAAGUUGGGCAAUUCAAAUGUUGUGUCGUCUGUCGUGCAUCCGUUACUGCAGCUUGUUCCUCACCUGCAUGAGAGAAGAACGAAGAGAUUCAGACUGGACGAAGAAUUCCAAGGUCCUAUUGCAAGCCAAGUUCGGAGACAGUUUUUAUUCAGGCCACGCAAUGGAAGAAGGUCAGAAGGUUACAUUUAAAAUGGACCAACAAUUUUCCACAGAAGCAGCAAAAUGUUGACAUUUUGUUUUCUUCUCAAAAACAAUCCUUGCUAAACUUACUGUAUUUGACAAUCCCUGUGUUGUAAACAUUCU